AUGCAGCCUCCGUGCUGCCCAAGCGGACCUACUCCAGUGGCGCCUCCCGAGGACUACCAGGAACAGGGCGAGGAGAUUCUUGUGGAAGCGCUUCCAUGCUAUCAGAGCGGGGAGCCAACCAGCCAAGCAGCAGUUCUUGUUCUGUCUGACAUUUUCGGCUGGCGCAGUGGCCGCACGCGGCAGAUCUGCGACAAGAUUGCAUCACAGGGAUUUUUGGUUAUUCUCCCAAACUUCUUUCACGAUGACGGCUGGGACCACAACAAGCCUCUGACUGGUUGGUCGUGUCCGUGGUAUUUCUUCAAGCACCUAAUGUGGUACGGAUGGUACAAGCAUGACCCGGAGAAAAGCCGCUACUCCUGUUCCUGCCUGCCGGUCUCCAGCAAUGUGGGGACGACCCUUCGUCAUCUCGUCUCCCAUUGCGGAGCCGACAGCUCCCGGACAUUGGCAGUCCUUGGCUUUUGUUGGGGAGGCUGGUUAGCACUUCGAGCUUGUGGCAUUUCUGGCGUUUCAUGUGGAGUUGCAGUGCACCCCACGAUGAAUAUGGAGACGUUCCACGGUGGAGACCUCGGCGAUGCUUACAAGAAGAUCCGAGUACCAGUGAUGUGCCUCAGUGCUGGUGACGAUCCUGUCGACGCCAAGCCCGGAGGCCCACUCGACGAGGCGCUCAAGAGCAAGCCCUUCGGGCAGGAGCUUGCGUACUGCGCGAGUUUCCUGAGAUGCGCCAUGGUUGGGUCCCACGCGGCAGCGACGAUGACCCCGCAGUUCAGCGAGAUCCUGGGGGUCGGCGGAUGGCUCUGGAUGCCGCCGUGA